UCGUCACACUAACGCGAACUGGUUUUUUUGAAUUUGCAUUUUCUUUUGCUGCGACCAGCGGUGCUUCUACUAUUCAGCUCGCUAACUCAGUGUUUACUUCGUUAUUGUUCGUCGUUCGCUACGCCGUUAAAGUUCUAUUGCUAGCUUCUGGUGAAUGCGCGCGCAUGCUAUAACAGUUAGUAUUUGGUAUUAAAUAUGUACGCGCGUAUGCACAAACGACUGGAUCGCUUAGCCGUCGCAGCGUAACGCACUUGCUUGGGGACUAGCGCUGUUUGAAUUGAAUUGGACUUGAACAGUGCGUGUGGUUCGCCGUCGUUAUUUCGUGUUCACAACGCUUGAGUGCGCCAUGAUAAGCGCUUAAGUCGCGCGCCCGUCGGUAGAGGAUUACUGGCGAACAAAUCAAACAGACAAGCGAAUGCGCGUGCGUUUUACGAGAUUGGUGUGCGUUUUAAUGUGCGUGUGUGUGUAGCAAAUAGAAACUAAUUCAGUUGAAAAGCCGUGCAAACAAAUAAGAGUGUAAUAACAAACAAACAAAAAUACAAAGAAAAAAAAAUAAAGAAAAUUUGAGAAGCAGCAACAGCAACAACAAGAGCAGCGGCAAAAGUGGCAGUAGUUUUACAUGUGGUUGGCUCAAAACUUCCGCCGCUGGCAUUCUCCACUCACAUACAUUACCUGCCAAUGCGCUGCUGACUGCUUUUCUUCGUCUCCUUCAACGGCUUGUUCUGCUGCUUUUUCUUCGUCUGCAGUUACGUUCAUCGCUGUUCUGUUCUGUUUGUAUGUAUGUAUGUACUUGCUCGCCUCUUUUACGCCAGUUAAAGGGUUCUCGCCGGUCUUAUCGUUGCCGGUUCAGCGCUUUGGCUCUGCUUUUUGCUGGCAGCUUUGCUUUCUUCGCGCGUUCGUGUCGGUAGUGUGUGACGAGUUUUGAACGCAAGCAGUCGGUGUGCUGCGAACGCCGAUUAGAACGAUUCGAAAAAUACAAAUACAUUUCGUGCACCGAAGUAGUAUGCGCAUUCGUGUUGCACUCAAAGGAUCACAUUUGUGCUGAGAGUGACAGAGUGAUUGGUGUUGGCCAAAAGGAAAAGAAGCGGAUUUGAGUUAUGGCAAAUAAAAUGAGUGCCUUUAAGAUAAGAACGUCUUGUGUUGACAUUUAGCGAGUAUGUAAAAUCGUUUUGCCGUGCAGUGAUAGCGGAAAUACUAAGAAACGGUGCUUCGAGCAAAAAGUGUAUGAAUUAAAUUAUCCAAAAUUUGAAUAAAAGUUGGUAGAAAAAUAUUGUUAAAAAAAAAAUAUAUAUGAAUAAGAAAUAUAUAUUUAUAUUUAUAUUAAGAAAAAAGCAUUUAUGUACAUCAAAUUAUUGGUAAAAAAAAACUGUGCAAAAAUAUCGAAUGUUGUGUUUGUGCUCCAAAUGUAAGGUUACAUAAGAAUAAGAAUAAGAAAAAAACAAAAACAAGUGCAUAUUCAAGUGCAAAGUUUAAUGAAAAAAUAAUACAAUGUGCAUAAAGCAAUACAAGUGAUUUAUAGACAUCUUAACAACUACAAAUGUGACGAGUUCAACAAAUCACAGAAACGCCCAUUAAUACAAAUAGAAGAUAGAAAAGCACAAAACACAAACACCAACAAAAUGUACGCGGAUAAACAUUUAGAGAAGCCCACAGCGUUGAGCGCAGGCACGCCCACGGCGAUGUUGCCUACGCCCAUAGCGGAGAUGCAUGCGCAUGCACACACACAUGCGCUGGCGCAUCCACAUCUGCACACGUUGCACGCGCAACACAUGCAACAUAUGCAAAUGCAACAGCACCUGCAGCAGCAGCAACCACAAACGCAUGUUAGUCAGCAACAUGUUGCGCAACAUUUAGUGCAACAUCCGCAUCAGCAGUCGCAGUCAACGCUUGCCGUGCUGCAGCAGCAGCAACAACAACAGCAACAACAUCAUCAGCAGCAACACCCACACCAGCAACAGCAACAGCAACAACAGCAUGCGCAUCAACAGCAUGUUAACAUACAGCAGCAACAACAACAAACGCAAGCGCAACAACAACAAUCGGCAAUGUUUACCAGUUAUCAGGAAGAGAAGGAUGGAUAUAUAUCGCUCGCUACCUUAGCUAAACACCGACUGCCCGUAUCGCCCAGACCUGCUCUAGCUAAGCAGCGACGUCCAUUGCUCGGUCAGCACCCGCUAGGAGGAUACAGCAUAGAUAACUUCCUCCGACUAAUAGAGUAA